CCGACGCGUGAAGUAUUGGACUUAGCCGAAUCGCCCAUAAAGCUUUUCUGGUAUUUCGUCCCGAAGACGUUGCUCCACAUGAUAGCCAAGGAGAGUAAUCUCUACGCCAAGCAAACAUUGCUUUCCCGUGCUAGAAGGAUCCGAGACAAGCAACUAGCAAGCAAGUGGCGAGGCACCCGAGUAAAAGAAGUCGAAUCGCUGAAAGCAAUUCGGGAACGGCUCCGAGCAAUGAAGCCGUUCGAACCACAUGAAUAUGCCCAUCUCAUUGGCCUACGCGUUGCUCGAAUGCUGUGCCCACACCGUCGGCGUUUGUCCAGCCACUGGGGUACGACCUCGGUUGGAGCAUUACCAGCUGGAACGUUCAACGCGUGGAUGCCGAGGAACAGG